AGUGAAGGAACUGCAGCCAAAGAAAUGUAACAUGACUUCCGCUCAAUCACAUGAUCACAUGACAGGAAGUACAGCUUUUGUUUAGUUCUCGUGAUUAUUUGCUCGUAGUGAAGAUACAUUUUUCUGCCAUCAGUGCCAAGUAAGUUAUGUUUUGGACCUUAUUGAAUGUUAAGCAUAGCCAAGUUUUUACAAAUGUAUUUGUUUUUUUUAAUUUGAAAAAAUAUUGAAUUCUAGGUUUGAUUAGGUUAGGCCUAGCCUACUUAGUGCUUUCUUUUAAUGAACUUUUAUUCAAAUAAAUAUUUAAUAUUUAUAAAUUAAAUUAAGCAGGAUUUGUUGAUCAGUCAUACUCAUUCUCAACUCACUCUUAUACUUAUAUUAUGGUAGUCUUUUGACUUGACAUUGUCAAUCAACCUUUCUGCCUUCUAGUACCGACCUAGGCUGGUUCUUAGUUUUCACCCAGUGAAGCCAUUUGCGCGUUUUUUAUAGUUGACUUAGGGUUCAGUUUAGGCAUAGUUAGUAUAGGAUCGAUUUAGGGUUCAGGUUAGGCAUAGUCAUAGGGAUCGAUUUAGGGUUCAGGUUAGGCAUAGGGAUCGAUUUAGGGAUAUAAUAGUGACAAAAUUAACUGGUUGUGUCUAGGAACUUCGAUGAAGCAAGGGAGACUACUAAAAUUUGUAUGGAAAAUAGGUGUCGGUGCGCGAAAAUCAGAGUUCUUUAUUUUUUGAUAGUGGAACUAUUUCAUUCAAAUAAUUACUAUAUCCCUGAAUUGUGUUCCUCUUCCGGCCUUUCGCUUUAGAGGAAAUCUUUGCCUACAGUUUAAGAAAUUUCUUUUACAAUCAGUCAGCUUUGAGAAUGAGAAAAUCCUUGGUGAAUAUAAGGCAACUUCAACCAUUAAAAUUAAGUUGAAGUAAAAGACAUGUCACAACCAAAUUUUGUAUGCAUCUGGGGCAUGUAUUGAUCUACAUGUUUGCCAAUUUUCACAGCGAUAUGUGUUUUACGAGAGACACCAUGUUUCUACGGGUUUGCAGCAGGUCAUGCAGUUCGCUCAGCCUAAUUUCAACUUGGCGUUGGCCACGUCCCCUUUUUAAUGUCAGAAGUUGCCGAUACUUAGGAAAUAUUAAAUUAUUACCACUAUUUACAUCAAAAUAUUUGAUAGCUUGUGUUUCAGAAUGCAUUUUGAAGACAUUUAAACUGGAAUGUUUUAAUUUGAGUUUUAAAAACCCGAUAGAGUCCAUAUUAUAAAUGACCAGAAUUUACGGUUUGCUACACGUUGUCAUUGGCAACCAUACACAGCCACUUGCAUAAUGGCUGUAUCGUAGUACUACCUCAGAGUUUCAUUCAUAAGAGUUUGCUGUGUGCAAAAACUAUUAAACCAUUGCUCAGGGAAAGCUUUAAUUAAUUAUUCAUGUGCCAAGGUUGAAAGUUUAAACUAAGUCGACCCUAAACAGUAUUUUAGUGAUAAAGGACGCAUUGUCUUAUAUAAAGUAUAUAGCAUUGCGCAAGUCGUUAUCACCGGAAUGAGGUCACAAAAUGUGGAGGUUUCGUCCAUAGUAAAAAAUAACAAACGAACUCUCACUUUAAAAAUUCGUAGCUCAAAAAGUACGUAAGCUAAAAAGUUCAUUCUGGUUUCUUUUUUUUUUUAUUUGAAAUUUGCUCUAACUGUAUUAUUUAAACAAUUAUUUCAAUUUUUUUAAUAUUUGUAUUAAAGUACCUAUCGUGUCAACCAAGAUGGCGGUCAUCACUGGACGUUUUCUAAUAAUUAAACCCGACCUACUUUUUUUGCUAUGUAUAGCCCCAGUACCGGCUAUUAUUUUGCUAAUGUGGCCCAGACAUUAUAUUGGAAUUGAAUAUGAGCCAUAAUUUGCUGAUUGGUUUGCAAAUUAUCCCGUACAAAGUGUCUAUAUGUCCGAUGACCGGACGAGAUAUUCGCCCCAUGACCAAGUCAUGUGACCACCGUAGCAAAAUUGUGCAAGAUAUUUGUCCGUCAGCCUUAUCACGUGACCGUAAAUAGGAAAAUGGUGUCAGAGAUGCAUGUGGGCGACGAGUUUAUUUCAUUUCAUAAAUAUGGGGGGGGGGGGGGUAUAGAAUAAAGAAAUACUGAGAGCGAGAGAGAAAGGAUAAAAAUGAUAGUUAGGGGGAUAAAUAAUUAAAGCAGGGAGUAGGUCGAUAGUUCACAAAGAAAUAGGGCCAAUAUAGUGUGCUGCUGGAGUAGCCUGCUUUUCUCGCAAUAUUAACUCUUUCGCUGCAGAACAAUGCACACUGCGUUCAUCCGCCAAAAGCACAGACAAAUGCACUCUGCGCCAUUUCAAUAUUUUGUUUGUUUCUUUGCUAUUUCUCUGUUAAACCUUUUAAGAACAAUUUUUAAAUUAGACUUGUACACAUAAGAGUUGUACUUCAUUGUUUAUUUGUUGUCAUUGGAAGCAUUAUUUUAAUGAUUUUCUUCGCUUUUUACUAUGGCUGCUCUAGGCCCUAGUAGGUGAGUAAGUUUGCUAGACAAUUAACAGCUCAAAAAUCUUUGGCAUUGUUUUAUACUAUUUCUUUUGAUAGUGAAGAUGAUUAUUUAGAUCUAUCAAAUGAUUCCAAUAAUAGUAGUUUUAGAGGAUUUGACUUGCAGAAGGGAAGAUGAGGUAUGCGUACAUCAUAAGGAAUGGGGAAAAAAUGGUUUAGCAUAUGAUGUUUUCACAUUUUACGGUUCUUUUUUGUAACUUAUUUUAUUUAAACUAAAGAAAUAAGUUUUAUAAACUAUUAUCUUUCAUUUGAUACCAAUUUUAGUCUUAUAAACAAAACAAUAGUAGUUUAAAUAUUUUUUAAUAAACCCAACCUCCCACCCCUUUUUGGCUCUUCGAAAAAAAAAUGUACAUUUUUUUCGAUAAAAAAAUUCUGCAGUGAAAGAGUUAUUAGCCUAAAAUAAAACUUUUUUGACGUAGGAAGUAGUUAUCUGGUGGGUAUUGGUCUUAUUUUGUUUGGUUGAUAUUUUAAAUAUAGGCUACUAUGUAGAGAUUUUUUAAGAUAUUUAAAUCAAGAUAACAGACUUUUUUGUUUUUUUAAAGAGUCUAAUUCAAAAAGACUAGUAUAUAGACCUACUAGUAUUAUAAUAGUUUUAAUUCAAAGUCAAAAGCUUAUAAUACACUUUAUGUAUCUCAGAGCAUUUGAAAGUAUUAGCAUAUUCAGUAUUUGUUUAUUAUAUAGGGAUCGGCUGAUAUAUAUACACAAUAUUGGAAUAUCAUAGACAAUGCACUAUUUUGCUGGCCACUUCUUGUCACAUCACAUGUCUGCCGGAACCAUAACACUUACUAGUCGUAAGAAUAUCUCUCUCACUAUUUGUCCGUAUGUCAGACGUGUAGACACUUCCUUUUUUGAUUUAAACAAUGGAUAAUGGUAGAGAAUUGUCAUUUAAGAAAUGGAUAAGGGUGUUACAAAUACUAAUGUGUUAUGUUCACACUUUUCAUUGGCAAUGGCCCACUAGGGUGUUGUGUGACUAGCACAGUGUCCAGUCGAUCUUCAUACGUUGGCACUAGGUCUAAAGCCUCUAAUAAUAGUAAUAUAUAUAUUGUAGGCAUACAGAGUCAGUCACUCAUUGACCAAAGCCAGUACAUAGCCAGUUGGGCCGGGGUGGUUGGCAUACCUUUUGAUUUUCUUAGAUUAAUUAAAAUAAUUUUUAUAAUGCAAUGAAAAUCUGCACCUAAGGCGAAGCCUGAAAAUGCUGCCCGCCCCCCCCCCCCCCACCCCCCCCCCAGGGCGGGGUGGUUGGCAUACCUUUUUAUUUUCUUAAAUUAAUUAAAAUAAUUUUUUUAAUGCAAUGAAAAUCUGCACCUAAGGCGAAGCCUGAAAAUGCUGCCCGCCCCCCCCCCCCCCCUCCCUGUUCACACAGCCCUGACGUCAUAAUAAUCAUAGUCUUGACUUUUUCUUCGGAUUUUAAAUUUCUGCAUGUUUUAGCAUGGGAUAUUUCAAUCAUUUUGAACGGUAGACAUUCUUCCAAUGCCGGUAAUUUAAUAUAUGACAAAAUCACCAAAACAAUGUUAAUUAGGACAACUUUUAUUUUCAGAAUUUAAUUUUAUGUUUUCAGUUUAAUUUGAGCCAAUACAAUGACACCCUAGGUGGCGAAAAUGGGCUCACUAUUCAGAAGUGAGGAGAUGCGGUUAUGCCAGAUGUUCUUGCAGACAGAGGCUGCCUAUGCAUGUGUGUCAGAGCUUGGUGAACUUGGCUUAGUCCAAUUUAAAGACGUGAGUUUAAUGUAGCAGUAACUGCUAAUUUUCAAUUAAUUUUUAGAUAUUUAUGACAAAAAAUCCAUAUUUAAUCCUACAUACAAGUUUGUUUCACGCAAUAGUUUGAAAAUAUUUUAUUUAAUAUUUGCUAAAGUUUUUUUAAGAAUAUUUGUUCUAAAUUUUUGGGAAAUAUUACAUAUGUUUUCUCUAGUCUGCAUCUGAGAUUUUUAUUAAAAAUUUGUAUGUAUUUUUGCUAUAGUUGAACUCCAAAGUGAAUGCUUUUCAACGUACCUUUGUGGCUGAAAUUCGUAGAUGUGAAGAAAUGGAGCGUAAACUACGUAAGAUUUUUAACUCCCAAUUCAUGUACGCUAAAAAUAGCUUCCAAAGUUUCAAUUCAUAUUAGAGACAAAUAAACUAAUUAAACUAAAAUUUGCUUAGACUAACAAAUGUGUGAGGUAGAUAUUUUAAUAAAUAUUUCAGCAUAUAUUUGUACACUCUUAAAGAAGAAAGGGAUUUAUUUUAAUAUUGUUCAUAGACUUUCAACUACUUAUAGCUCCAAAUGUGAAUUAUUAAAUAAAAUGAUAUAAAUUUAUUCCCCAUAAUUUCCCUGACAGGAUACACAGAGAAAGAAAUACUAAAGGAACAUUUGAAAAUUCCAGAUAACCGUGAAAACCCAAAAGCUCCAGCGCCUAAAGAAAUGAAUGACCUAGAAGUAACCUGUUCUUUAAUUUAUUAAUUAUGUUACUAAUAUCUUAAUUAUUCCCUUAAUUUUUUUUCUGAAAUAUGAUUCCAUUGGUAAUUUACUUAACUUCAAAACUAUACAUUUAAAUUUUGAACACUUUUAGGUUGAGUUUGAAAAGAUGGACACUGAGUUACGCCAAGUAAAUACAAACAAUGAGGCCCUCAAACAGAAUUACUUGGAGCUAACAGAAUUGAGAGAAGUUCUUACCAAAACUCAGUUCUACUUUCAAAUGGUAAACAAAGUCAAAUACAUUUUUAAUCAUUUGCACUAUUUAGAGUCAAUUUCUUAACAUAUUACUGUUUUUAUUCAGAUUAAACAUAUUUAAAUUUAAAAUAAAAAGCCAUUUUAAAAGAGCUUCUCAGUCCUUUUGAUAAAAUAUUAGAAGCUUAAUAAUAUGGUUUUAGAUUUAUCUAUUUUAUUUGUGUUAUAGAGUGCAGGUUAAAUAAUCUUUUUUCUUUUUAAAGUGAGUAUGAAGGAAUUGAAAUGCAAACAUUAAACAAAACAUCAUUAAGUUGUAUUUGACGCUGAUUUUAGUCAAUGUUUUUUUUAACUAAAUUGUAAAUUUCUUUGAUAAACUUUCCAGUAUGGUCAAGAUAUUCAGCAGAUGAUGGAAGAAGAGACCUUGGGGCAACAUGAAGAAGCAAUCAUUGGUAGACAGCAGCAGACUGCAGCACUUGGGUAUAAUCAAUUUAUGAGUUAUUUUUAAAGACAUUGGUUAAUCUAUGAGUUUAUUAAAGAAUUGAUUGGUAGAUGUUAUGUUUUUUGUAUCAAAUGUUGAAUCACUUUUAAUGAUGAGGCCUAGCCGUAUUGAUUUAAUUUUAUUAACAUAUUAUGCACUAGCUUUUUUAAAAAAGUACUUUGAGCUGUAGGAUUUAAAAUAUUCUAUACUGACAUAAGCAAAGGUCAAAUGCUAAUUUAAAAACAGCAUAUUAAUGUACAGUGGCAAAUAUAUAUUGGUGCAAUUAAUUUUUACAUUAUCCAAUUAUUUGAAUUAAAAUAGUUAUGUUUUUUUUCAGCUUUUUUGUGGGAACAGUUUUAAGAGAAAAGGUUCCAGUUUUUGAACGUGUCAUGAAGUUUGUCACUCACAGUACUGUCUUUCUGAGAACAGAAGAAAUAGAGCGUGCUUUCGUAGAUCCAAUUUCUGUAAGUUUCAGCUUAUUUUUGACCAUACUAACACUGUGUCUGCUUUUUUUUUUUUUUUUUUUUAAUGUUAUGUGAAUUUACUUUGUUUACUAUAAAGUAAUUGAAGGAUUAUCAAGUCUUAUCUUUGUGACAGGGGGAUGAGCUGCGCAAGUGCAUGUUCAUUGUUUUCUACCAAGGUGACCAACUAAGGAAUAAAGUCAAAAAAGUUUGUGAAGGGUGAGUCUGGAGUGAGAAUUUAUAUCGCAAAAUCAAAAAAAAUAAUAAUUUGGGUUUACCCAUGCUCACAAUCUUGUGGUUGGUAACCAUUUAGAGAGGAAGGGGGUAGAAAUGGAUGUUUUGAAUUGAGGAAUUCACAAUAUAGAAGCUAUUUUAUCUUUGGUUGUUUCAGAAUGCGAGGUACCAUUUACCCCGUUCCUGACUCUCCACAAGAGAGAGCCAAUAUGCUGAAUGGUGUUAACACACGGAUCGCUGACCUGGAUAAUGUAAAUAUUUCAGUAUACUGUCAAAAUAAAUAUCUAUCGAUGAGUAAACGUAAAAAAAAUGUUUGUUUGCAUGCAUAUUAAACUUAUGCCAAUUAUUGCCUCUGAAAAUUUCAGGUCUUGCACCAAAGCAAUGAACAUCGCCUCAGAGUGUUAAAAAAUGCACAGAAAGAAAUCAGGUCCUGGACCAUCAAGGUAGAGAAGAUCAAGGCUAUCUAUCACACCAUGAACAUGUUCAAAGUUCACCAGAACAGUCUACAUGCGGAGUGCUGGUUCCCAGCUAAAGCAAUUGAUGACAUCAGGAGAGCCCUCAACAUUGGUGAAGUAUGUUAACUUUUAUCACCGUAUCUUUCUCCUUUUAUUUAAACAAUAAUAUUAUUGUCUUGGAAAAAAAUAUGUAUGUUUAUUUAUAACGAUAUAAAUAUUUGUUUUCAGGGGAUCACCCAUUUAAAAAAUUUAAGAUUUAGUUCAUUAUCAACAUUGCAUAAACGAAAUGUUUCUUUGCUAUGAAUUUUCAGAAAAUUAGUGGUAGCUCCAUUCCAACUGUCAUUCAGCCAAUGGUAACAACUGAGGCCCCUCCAAGUUAUUACAACUGCAACAGGUUUGUCAAGGGUUUUCAGAACAUUGUAGAUUCCUAUGGUGUGUCUACUUAUGGUGAGGUCAAUCCAGGUCAGUAUUCUUUUUUUUUUUCUUUUUAAAAUUAAAAUUUUAUAUAAAUAAUAAAAACCAAUUUAGUUAGCUAUAUUUACAAGAGUUAAUUUCAAACAAUAAUUAAAGCUAUUAACAUAUGCAUUUUUUUUUAAAAUUUACACUUCAGGAACUUGAACUUUUUUAUCAACAGUUUUGUUCAUUUACAUUUUUCGUUUUUUCAGCCCCCUACACUAUCAUCACCUUUCCUUUCCUGUUUGCUGUCAUGUUUGGUGAUGCUGGUCAUGGUUUGAUCAUGUUUCUGUUUGGACUUGCCCUAGUGAUUAAGGAGAAAUCUAUUGGUUCAAAGAAAUUGAGCAAUGAGGUAUUUUUUAUAUCUAAAUGACUUGAUUCAAUAAGUGUAUUUAUCUAUUAGAAUUUAAAGAAAAGAAAAAUUACUUGAGGUGUAGCUUUGUUCAUUUUCUGGUACAAGAACCCACAUAAGAGCUAUAUAUAUAAUAUAUAUUGUGCUUAUUCUUCAGAUUGCAAACACAUUCUUUGGAGGGCGGUACAUCAUCAUGUUGAUGGGAGCAUUCUCUAUUUACACUGGAAUUAUUUAUAAUGAUUUCUUUUCCAAAUCUGUCAACAUUUUCGGCUCUCAGUGGCACCCAGUUAUUAAGUAAGCAUGUAUUUUAAAAUUGGAGUUUAUGCAAAACCAUCUACAUUUAUUCUAGAGUGCCUGAUUCAAUUAUAAUUAUUAUUUUUAAGUUAUUACAUAAUGUGCAUAGAAAGUAUUCAUUUUUUUUUUUUACAGAGAUGAAGAAUGGGAGUCAGAGGACAUCCAGCUUAAUCCAAUAACUUCCCACUACAAUCUCACAGCAUAUCCCAUAGGUGUUGAUCCGGUUCGUGGCAAGCUGUCAUUCAUUUAUUUAUUUUCUCACCUUUUGUUAAUUAUUUCAUGCACUUUUUGUGUCAGGCUGUCAUUGAUUGACAAUUAUUCUUUUCCAUUUUGUAAAAUUUUAAUGCAUUUUCCAGUUUAUGAUGAUAAAAGAGCAUAAAUUCCUUUAGAAAUAGAUCUUUUCCUGUUUAUGAAAUUAAAUUACAUUGCUUUUAUUUUACAUGAACUAUUAACUUGAAUUUUUUGCUAAUUUUCAACCUGACAUAUCUUCUUAAAAAUUAAUAUCUUAUUUGAAAAGUCUUGUCCAUCCAUUUUCAACAGAUUUGGCAGGCAUCUAUGAACAAGAUCAUGUUCCUUAACUCCCUGAAGAUGAAAAUGGCUAUCAUUCUUGGUGUCACUCAGAUGCUUUUUGGUAUUGUCCUUCAGAUUUUCAAUCAUGUGUAAGGGGUUAUUAAAUUUUGAUUUUUUUAUAAACAAAAGUCCAAAGUAAGUGAAUUUUUUAAAUAGCUAAAAUAUUAAAAUUACCAUCUCACUAAAAACUUUUGAGUGCCAUAGUCAAAGAAUACCUGAUGUUUAAACAUUCAUACCCCCACCUCAGUGAUCAAUAAAUGUACUCACCAUGGAUGCUAACAAAAUUGCAUUCUGAAUCAAGCAACCAUUGCCUAAAGCAAGUCGUUAUAGUAUAACUGCCAAAUAAUGUGGAAAGUGAACAUUUACAAAUAAUUAUUUUUACUGAUUUAAAAAAAAAUUAGUUCAAAAUUCUACAAUGCACCCAAUAAAAUCUAAAACCACUUUAUUGUAGCUAGUAUUCUUGUUUUUUUUCUCUCGACUCGGAAUAAUCAAUGUCAUUAUAUUUGAUGACAUAUUUAAAAUAUGUGUGACAUAUGCUCUUUUAUUCUCAACAGGCACUUUAAAAGUUACAUCGACAUCUUCAUCCGCUUCAUUCCUGAGUUUCUCUUCUUGGGCUGUUUGUUUGGUUACUUGGUGUCUCAGGUCAUCUACAAGUGGCUUAAAUUUGAUGCCACUCUCUCCCAUUGUGCACCUGCCUUGUUGAUCCGUAAGUUCUUUAAAAAUUAUGUCUUUUAUAACAUUUCUAAGCUCAAAGUACAUUGGAGGCAGUGAAAUGUAAAUUAUGUGUUUGAUUUAGGAGAACUUUAUUUAUAUUCAAGUGAUUACCUUCCACACUCCAUAUCAUUAAUUUUUUUGUCACAGAUUACAUCAACAUGUUCAUGUUCAAAUAUGAGUUUCCAUCCCCUGAUAAAGAAAAAUGUGACCCCAACCUUGUUUAUUAUGAUGGACAGGUAAAUUUUUGCACCUUAUCUGGUUUUUUUAAAACAUGCUUAUUUUGCAAAUUUGAUUUGCAUACCUAUCAUUGGCAGUGUAUGGUAUCUUUGCUAAUUAAUUUAUACUUUUUAGAUUUAAAAAAAGAGCUCUGAUUUAAUUUUAAUUUCUUAGAAAAAAACAAAGCUAUAUCACAACCAUAAAAUAAAUAUUAAGGAAAAAAAAAUGUUUUUUCUAUAAUGAUCUUGUAAAAGUGUCUGGUUUUUUUCACAGGAUGGUGUGCAAUAUGCCAUGUUCUUUAUAGCCAUUCUUUCUGUGCCUGUUUUACUGAUAGUCAAGCCAGUUUAUUUGAUCUGCAAGAAAAAGGGAGACAAAGUAAGUCAUUUUCAUUCCUAAAACAUGGUUCAUUUCAUAGGUGUGUUAAAAUUUUGAAAUUAACAAAGGCUUCGUUAAAACAUGUUAAAAUAGAAUUACACCUGUAAUUUGAUUGUGUAUGUAUUCCAGAUUCUUUUUAAUGAUUUAUAACUGAGUGCCCUUUGAUCCCUUACAUUGUUCCUUGUAUUUCAGCAUGGCCACUCAGAUCAUGCUGCAUUGAUUCACAAUGAAGUUCCUCCAGGAAACGUAAGUUGGUUGUUCUUAAGAGUUAAAAAUUUAAUGAUGAGAUUUCAGCUCUUAUUUUCUCCCAAAAAUGUUUCUGUGCACCAUUCUUGAAUUAGUCACUUUAAUACAAAAGAUUGUUUAUAAAAUAAUCUUUAAUAGAUUUUGUAAACUUAUUACAAACUAAAACAAAGAUCACAAUCCUGUGAAGAUGUAAUUGACACAUUCAUCGUCCCAUCAUGCAACUGAAUGUACUUGUUUGACCAUGUAAACUGCAUCAUGACUUUCCGUGUAGAAAUCCAUUGGUCACAUUACCCUCCUUUUUAAAAUUUAUUUUAUUGCUCUAUUGAAAUGCACUGAUGUUUUCAUUUAUAUUUUCAUGUAAAUUGUCUUAUUAAAUCCUUACAUUUCACCAAUACAUUAUUUAAAAAGGCAAUUGCACUUAUUUUACAUAUUUUUUUUAUAAGGACUUAUUAACCGAUGAUACCCUAUGAUUUUGUAAAUCCUGGCAUCCAAUUCACACAUACCCUCCCUAAACACAAACCAUAACUUUGAUAAACCCUAACAAAUGGAACAUACAUCUUGUUUAUAAUAGUAGGGUCAACUCUUGGUGACUCAGAUCUCAAUCUCUCACACUUUACAUGAUAGUUGAUAUGGAGGCUUCAAUAUGUUAAGAAAUUGAGAUAAAAAAUUAUGUACACAUUAUUAGAAGAAUUUAUUUUGAGUUGACUGUUCAGUUUUUAAAAGUGACAAAUCUAAAAUUUAAAAAAAAACAAAAAACAUUGGUCGUUAAAUACAAUAACCUUCAUAUGUGUGACUGAGAGAAACUUGAUAAUGUUUAAUGUAUAAACAAUGUGCAUCUAAAAGCUUGACAUCUAAAGAGACAUUCUUUAUCAAAAUAUUUACCCCAAAGGAAACUGCAGUUCUAGAAACAUUUUAACUUGUUUGUAACUUUUUGGAAUGGUUUUUUCCAAGCCACAUUUGGGUGGUGCAUCCUUGAACUCAAUACCCUUCCAUUCUUAAUUGGAAUUUUUCAGGAAUGGUGUUCGUUUUGCUUUCUACUAAUCCUUCAGUAAUUGUUAGUGUCGUUGUGGAAAAACAAAUAAAAUUUUAACUUAUCUGGGGGAGGAAAGGGAGGGGUGGGGGGAAUGGAUAAUCUUCUGAACUUAUGCUUAUGGUUAUAUUUUGGUAUACUGUGUGAAAAGAAAGACAUUUUAUAACAUGCCAGAGGAGAUCUUUUAAUGUUACAUAUCUUCUAUGCAGCAUUAAGAACAAGUGUCAUAGAAGGUGUCUGUAUUCUUUAAAUGCAUUUAAGCUGCAUAUAGCUUCGUUUUAGUUUAAAAGGAUAUUGUUCGCAGUUUUAAAAGCCUUGAAAUUUUAUUGGAUAUGGCAUAAUUUAACAAAGCUAUUGCUCAACUACUUGCAACAAGAUGGGUAUAACAUAUCCCUCAUGAUUUCUGUACAUUACCUUUAAACUAUUUAUGUAGCCUCAAACCCCAGUUGGUGGAAAGGGUGUGGUUAACCCUCUCCAUUACCAGGGGGAAGUGGAGUUAGGGGUAAGUUGAUGCUAGUCAUUGCACUGGAUCUGCCCUGGGUUGGUCCAUUUUUUAAUAGUGCCCUACCCUUCAUUAUGUAUUUUCAUCAUGCAUUUCUUUUUAUUCAUAUAUUACAAUUCCCAUGUAUUACAUGCAUAUUUCCCCCAAUUUUUCCCCAGGGAUUGAGCCUAGAAGUAUAUAUUUCAUGCAUUUGUUUGUCUUUAUAAAACAUAAUAAUAUAAAUGUGUUUACAUGUCACGCUAACAUUUUAAUAAAAUAUAGGUUGUGUGAGCUAGUCUCUUAAAUACUACUUAAAUAUUUGUAGAUCCUAACUAUAUAUAAAAGUAGUUUAUGAGUGUUUCCAAUAUUAUGGUCAUCAUAUAUACAAAAAACAUCUUAAUUUUUAAUAUAACUUGACUUCAGUGUAUGGUAAAUUUGUUCUCGUGAUGAAUAUUUUAAUACUUUAAUCAACUUUAUUGUAAAAUUCUAAUCAAUUUUUUUUUUGUAUUCAAAACACUUUUAAACGUUUUUAAAAUAUGAUACGUCAUUAAACAAAUUAAAAACUAAUUUUAAAUACUAAUUCUGUAGCAUGUUAAAAAUAAUUGCUACCAGCCAUUUUCAAAAUCUUACUGAAUAUAUUUAAGUAAAAUAGAAUAGUUAUUGACACUAAAACCCAGCUUAAUUUUUUUAAACUUAAUAUACCCCUGUGUAUUUUGUGAUUUCUAUAGAAGUAAUGUAUCAGUCAAAGCGCCUGAAAGUAUAAUCUCUUAAACAGGAUUUUUGCCAGGGUCCCAAUUUUUGUAUUCAUUCUCCUUACUCCACCAAAGGAAAUCUUUCUUAUUAAAUAUUCUUGAUAUGAGUUUGCAGCCUCUAUGUACCUACUGUGAAAAGGGCUUAUGUGAAAUAUAUUAUCAGAUCUCUUCCUUCUUUGCCUGCCAGCUCCCACGUACUUUGUCAAUGAAUGUGCUUCUUUAUCCAGAAGUAUCUGACAAUUAUGUUUAUACACUAUGUACAGAUAUUGUUACAGAUUCAGGAUUGUCAAUUCACUAUUAGUUCAUGUCAAUGUUAUCCUCUAUAUUUUACUAUAAAAUACAUCUAAUUAGUUUAUGUAUUCACACAAAUAAACACAGACGAGAAGAAAAUCUUUUCAAGAUUGACUAAACAAGUGACAAUAAAUUUUCGUUUCAUAAAUCCAAAUUACUCAAUUAAACUAUACCAUUUUAGAAAACAACUUAUACCAGCAAUUCACCUUUGAACACACACAAAAAAAAACUUUGUUAAUAAACUAAAAACCUGGCCACGCAACCAAACUUCAUAUAUUAUAUUAAUCUAUUUUUGUUCUUUUAAUUGAAGAAUUUCAUGCCCCGAACUUUCUAUUUUUUUGCAUUACUUUCUGUAAUUUCCCUCAUUUCACUGUCCUGAAAAAAAAAUGAAUUAUGUUGUGCUUUUACACUUGCAAGAAUUGCUUUUAAAUGUUGGUACAUGAAACAAUAAACAGGGACGGAAAAAAACGUUUAUAAAAUAGACACUAGCUUUGCACACGGAAGUAUGUUUGUAUUAUUUGUGCUGGGAAAAACUUAAAAAUAAAUGAUUAGAAUGCAAAUAAAUAUUAUAUUAACAUUUUAUAAAAAAUAUUUUAUUGCCUAAUACAGUUUGUUGGAGAUUUCAUAUAUUUACAUAGUCUUUAUUUUAAAAUAGUUAACUCCAUAUAAUUUUUUAAAACUUUUUAUUAGCCUCUUUUUCAUAAUUAUAAAUAUUUUAAAAUUAUCAGGAACUGUUUAAAUAAUUUCUUAAAUACCACAUAACAUAUUGAUUGGUUUAAAAUUUUAUAAAAAUUAUUUUUACAGAAGCUACACAUUUAUUAGAAAGUAUAAAGAAAUUUUAAAUAUUUGAAAAAUUGCAAAGUAACAUUAAUUUCCAAGGUAGUUAAAUUUUAAAUAUAUUAAACUAACUUAGAAAGUUUUAUUUAUUUUUAAUUGGAGGCACCAAUCAAUACUUUGUUCACAUUUGCCUUUUCUUUUUUUUUUUUUAAUCACCUGAUUAUUUAGCACCAACUCUUUUCAUGUUUGUUUUUUAUUUUGAGUGCUAAUGCCUUUCCCCCUUGUGGCCCUUGCAUGUUUCUUACAGCAAGUCAACAUGAGCUUUGAGCAUGACAAUCACGAUGGUCUAGGCAAUGGGAGAGCUAGGGUAGGUCAUUGUCCCUUAAUAUUUUUAGAAGACAUGUGCAGCCAUGAACUUAAAGCCAUAGACAGGUCUAUGUGGUUUGAAUAACCUUGUAUCCUCUGCAGAAGUAACCUACCAGUUAUAAUUCCAAGAUUGUUUUUUUAUAAUUUAUUACUAUUUUAAGUUAUAUGCUGGAGAGCAGCACUAACCAUUGGCUCUUACAAAUUGAAGUGAUUUAAUUUUUUUAUUUUAUUUGAAUGGAUAUAUUACACAAUUUUCUGAAUUAGAAAAAAAAAUCAUCAGUAUUGAAGGAAUCUAGCUACUUUAUUCACACUGUUUUGAUCUAGAGUGCAGCGAUGUGAUGUGUUGCAUCUUGUUUGCUCUGCUUGUGCUUGCACAUCACCAGCAUGCAGGACUUGUUCUUUUUAAAUCAUUAUUUGCAAUUGUGGUGGGUGUGGAUGAUCAAUUCUAUUUUUGAUAAAUAUGGUGGUGUCCUUUUUCUUUUCUAAAUAUUGUAUGGUUGCUUGAUGUUUUAAUAGAUUAGUGGGUUUUCUUUUUGGUCCUUGUAAAAAAUGUUUUACUUUUUUCAGUGUUUCCCACCUUUUAAAAAUUCUUUGGAAUAUUUAUUUUGUGAGACGUGUUUAAGUCUGCCCAAAUUGUUUUGGUCUUCACCCUGACACAUUCCAGUUGAAUCCAUAUGUUUCCUCACCACCCCCUCCCCCAGCACCCUGCUGACAUUAUCAUUCACUUCACUAUUUAGAUGGUUGUGUUGUUUCAAUAUUUUUUGCUAUGUUUAUGCCUCACACUUACUAUCCAAAUCAAUAUGUCCUUUUUGAAUUCAUAUUGCAUUAACAGGAGGAAACCACCCAUGGAGUGACUAUAAAUAGUGAUGAUGAGGAAGGUCAUGGGGAAAAACAUGAUCAUGAUGAGGUAGAUAUUGUUUUAUUGAAAGGAAAAUUAUUUAAACUAAGCACUUAAUAAAAAAAAUUUGUUAAAAGAAAUAUUGGAUUUCAAAUCUUUAUGUGUGGAGUAAAUUAGAGUCCACAGCUGAUUCAUUUAGAGGUGGCACUAUGAAAUAUAAUUUUAUACACUAUCAUUUUUACAGGAUUUUUAAAGAAAAAAACAUUUUAACUAGAAAAGCUGACAGCUAAAACCACAUAGACCAAACAUUACUAAAAACCCAGGAGUUCCAUUCUAUUUUAAUUUGUUACAUUUAAAUAUGUAUUAUUUAAAUUAAAGUAAAUAGCGCAAGGUCAUAAUGGCUCAAUGCUAGACAAAUCUAAAUUAAGACUUCAAUGGCACAAUCUAAAUUAAGGUUAAGGGCUUUAAAUUCAUAUGCAUUUUAAAUGCCUUAAAAGCAAUUUACAAAUUUAACUUUUUGAACUUCAGCAUAGUACUGGUGAGAUAAUUAUUCAUCAAGCCAUUCAUACCAUUGAGUUCUGUUUGGGUUGUAUUUCACACACUGCAUCAUAUCUCCGACUGUGGGCUUUGUCUUUGGCUCAUGCACGUAAGUUGCCUUUUUUAUAGUGUGGAAGGGGAGGGGGGGUUGUUAUCAUGUUUCCAUUAUGUGGCCAUCAGGCAGCGGAAGUUGUAAUGAUAAUUCACCCCACCCCGUCACCAAUGUUCCCUUUAAGCUGCACGGCCGCGCAGCUAUCUCACAGACGCUGCGCAGCAGUUUUGAGUAUACGCGCAGCAAAUUUCUAUGUAAGUGUUUGUUGUAUUUGUGGGCUGUAAAAUUUUGCACACAAAAAAAUCGAUCCUGUAAAACUAUGCACACAACUGUAUAAUUUUGCACACGAACCAGCAAACCUUAGAGGGAACAUUGCCCGUCACCCCCUGAAUUAUUUUUUAAAAUAUAUAGCAUAAAAAAGGAAAGAUGAACUUUAAAAAAACAUUUUAACAUAUGCACGUCCUAACAUUUGGUUGUCUUCAAGGUAAAAGAUAAUAGAUGUUUCAAAUUUAAAUAAUUGAGAUAAGAAGACAGAGUUUAACUAAACAACUUUCCUUCCAUGUAUUUUGUGCACUUUGAUGUUUUGAGAUUGUCGAACUUUUUAAACCCUUUUUUUUUUAAUGAAAAUUUGCGUUUUCAAUUUAUUUAGUAUCAUUUGUUUUAUUUCAACAGAAUUAUCUGAGGUCUUAUGGAACAUGGUGCUUCGACUUGGCUUGACAAUGGGUGGUCGAUAUGUAGGCGGCCCCAUCAUCUUUGUUAUCUUCUUCAUCUGGGCCAAUCUGACUGUGGCCAUCCUAUUGCUGAUGGAGGGCUUGAGUGCUUUCCUGCACACACUUCGUCUUCACUGGGUCGAGUUCCAGUCUAAGUUUUACAUGGGUGAAGGAUAUCACUUUCAACCCUUCAGCUUCAAUUUUAUCCUCAACAUGCAGUCUCUAGAAGAAAUUUCUGCCUAGAUCAGAUGGGCCUGCAUGUCUUAAUGGUUUGAGUUAUCAUCAAAAGUUACCUCUAGAUUUCUAAAUGAGAAAUUUUAAUAUGCCAACAAGUGCAGAUGAUUAUGAAUAGUGAUAUUUUUGUAUAAACAUUCCAUUUGCAGCUGAUUUUACCGUAAAGAUUCUUUAACCAAUUGGCAAACAAAUAUAUUUUUUUUAAAUGUUAAAAGAAAACUAUGGUGUCACAUCAGAUCUGAAAUGUAUUUGAUGUGCAAAAUUAAGAGCAACUUGACCAUUUCGUUUUGGAAUAGUUAUACAUUCUGUUUACCUAUAUAUUAUAUAUUUAUUGAUAUAACCAAGUUAUUUAUUAUUAUUUUUCAAUUUAACUAUUUAGAAAUUUUACUUGUAAAACUUUUGAAGAAUUAAAGUAUUUUAUAGCUCCAUUUGUGUGUUAUCAACCUGGAAUCUUCUUGAACUUUCUGUUUUUUGAAAGCAUAUACUUAAAUACUAGCAAUGCUUUUGCUUUUAAUUCAAUGCAAGACCUUUAUUAUCAGGAAAAAGCAGCUAAAAAAACAUUGAGUUUAUUUAAAGUAGGGAAAAAAAUCAUUAAAUUGAUGUUUACCAAAAUGUAACAUAAAUUAUUCCAUCUGAUGCUGAUUGUUCUUGUGUUCACCCUUUCAAAUUAACUGGUGAUGUGUAAUGAAUGUAACAUCACAUCAGGUGCAUUAAAUGAUCUGCAAGUUGGGGAUGUCACCAAAUUUGUACUUCUCUUAUGUUUUUGGAUAGAUAUACAAAACAUGAACCAAGUAAAAACAAAUUUAUUUUAAAAUUAAAAAUGUGUAAAGGAAUAUAAAUGUAUAGUUCAUCAUAAUCAAGUAAAUGGAAAGAAUAUUUUUUAAUUAAAUUUUAAUUAUCAUUAUUAAGAUUAUUAACAAUAUAUUAUAAUUUAGAACAUAUUACAUAAAUUGUUUCAUAAAAUAUUUUUCCUAAGGUCCAUUCCAAAAGUUUGUGGAAAAAAAACAUAUAUGAAUAUGUCCAUGUAAAUCAUUUUUAACUGAAAUAUUUUAGUGUCAUUAAAAAUAUUUUCGUUAAAGACUACAUUAGCGUUAUUUGUUAGCCAACUUAAAGAACAUUUUAUUUAUUUUUUUAAUUUGGUGUAAGUUGUUUGUCAAACUUCAUCAUUCUUUUUGUUCCAAUAUGGGAUAUAAAAUGUCCAUUACAUAGUUUAAAGUGCCUUAAUCUAAAUAUUAUCACUAAAAAUAUUUCCAGGUCUGUGAUUGAAUUUGAUAACUAUAACAUUUAGCACAGUGCUGAGAUUUUACAUUGUCUUCCAAACAAUAAAUAGAAAUUAUAGUUGCAAAGAUAUAAAUUGUUUUUGUGUUGCUAUGUUGUUGCUGUUUUUUAAAGAGUAAAAUUUCAGAAGUGCAAACAUAUUGCAAGUUAAUCAAAACAUUUUGACUAUAGAAUCACAACCAUUAUUGUGGAACUUUUAAGGCAUCAAAGAAUUAGAUACAACUUAUAUAAUAUAACCAUGGUAUAUUUACAAUUAAGGUGUAAUUUUAAUUUUUCAUCCUCAAAGGUUUUAUUUUGAGUUUACUGUAAUAUGUAAAUUUGAAAAUUUGCACUCUGCUUUAUACAAAUAAGUCAUUCAUAGUGACUUUUAAAAUAGGUGAUGAUUUUAUUGUGUAGAAGGAGCUCGGUUGGUCUUGUGAUGCUCAUGGAUUUGACACGACUAAAAAUGUACAAUCAGAAUGUUUUCGCUAAUUAAGACAGAUUGUUUCAACAUUAUGUUUUAGAAAAUCCACAGUUUUAUUUCGUGUUCUUGUAAUUUGGAUUGCAAGUGCUUAAUUUAGCCUUAGGAACUCAAUUACAAUGAAACCAAUGCUGUGAAAUAAUGCUACGCCCAUUGAUUUGGAAAUCUUAAAUAAACUGAUUUAUAAUUAAAA